CCUCCUCCCUCCUCCCACACUCUCUCAUAACAACUUCCACCCAUAACUCUCUAACUCUCUCUCUCUCCUCUCUUCUCUGCCCCUCUCUGUCCCUCUCUGUCUUCCGACACGCACGACCAGAAGAGGGAAGGGACGACCUGCAAGGAACACGCAUGUCUGGCGGCGGCGGCGGCGGCGGCGGCGGCGACGGACCCGGGUGGGUCGACCUCGCCAUGAGCGACGCCUCCCUGGUCGCCGAGCUCCUCGUCCGCCUCGGCCACUCCCGGCCCCCCGCGCCGCCCCCCCUGGAGCUCGCCUGGAGCGUCCGCCAGCGCCGGUCCAAGCCGCCGCCCCGGAACCCGGCCGAGAAGAAGCAGGAGGAGGAGGGGGAGGAGGAGGAGAAGGGCGGCGGCGGCGGCCAGCAGCCGAGCCGGGCGAGCCCCACCACGCCCCUCUCGUGGAGCGGCGGCGCCACCUCCAGCGGCUGCGGCGGCGCCGAUGGGUCCGAGGAGUCGCCGCCCUUGGACACCGCCACGAGAUCUAAGGUCUCUAUAGCGAGUGCAAGUACCAUGUCCGCUACCAUCGCCGGCAAAAGGCCGAGGAAGAAAAAGACCUUGGCUGAACUCAGAGAAGAGGAAAGCUUGCUGUUGAAGGAAAGGAGAAAUCUGAGACAUGAAUUGUCGACUUUACGGCUCAACUUUGAGAAAGAAAGAUCCAUAAACCAAAGCUUGAAGAGAAUAAAGAUCGGCAUGCAAUCUCAAGCUGCGAUUCCCAAGCAGCAUGAGCAAGUACAAGCACCUUCUUGUAUUCCUUUGGAGCACGCCGAAGUAGCAACGCAACUACAGCAGCGUUUUAGUGACAUUCCGGAAGUGAAGAAGGUCGAGAGUCGCGAGAUGCUCGAGCUGCCUGACCUGAAUCUGCCACUAGAAGAUGGUGGCCCGGACAUUUCGUGUGCCGUGGCUUGAGAGAGCUCAUCAAGCCACGGCAUGAUGUUGCAUUCUUACUGGAGUGAACUGACUGAUUAAGUUCUUUUGAUCAAGUAGCUAUAAUCAAGGCUGAUGAUUUUUUUUUAAUAUUUCGUAGCUUUAGCUGUGGAGUAGCAAGGGUAGGAUGGAUCAUGAGUGAAUUAGUUGCUGUAAUUACCAAUAGCACUUACCGAGCUAGUUAGCCUUACCGCAUUUUCACAUAUCUUUUCAAGGUUACAUCCUUAGAUUUGUAUGCA